ACGACGACGACGAUGCGCGUCGCGGACGCGAGAGGCGCGAUGACGCGAGGCGGCGCGCGAUGCGCGCGACGCGCGACGGCGCGACGCGCGACGCGCGCGACGGCGCGACGCGCGACGGUGGCGAACGCGGGGCAGACGAUGUACGAUAAAAUCAUCGACGACCACCGCGUGCGAACGCAGGACGACGGGACGCUGCUGCUGUACAUCGAUCGACACAUGAUACACGAGGUGACGUCGCCGCAAGCGUUCGAGGGGCUGCGAACGGCGGGACGGGCGGUGCGACGACCGGAUAACACGCUGGCGACGGUGGAUCACAACGUGCCCACGAGCGACCGGAGCGGGUUCGAGAGCGCGGAGACGUUCAUCAAGGAGAUGGACUCUCGCGUGCAGGUGUUGCAGCUGGAGGAGAACGUGGAGGAGUUUGGGGUGACGUAUUUCGGGAUGGACGAUAAGAGACAGGGGAUCGUGCACAUCAUCGGACCGGAACAGGGGUUCACGCUGCCGGGGACGACGGUGGUGUGCGGGGACUCGCACACGGCGACGCACGGCGCGUUCGGGGCGCUGGCGUUCGGAAUCGGGACGAGCGAGGUCGAACACGUGCUCGCGACGCAGACGUUGUUGCAAAAGCCGUCGAAGAAUAUGCGAAUCACGAUCGAUGGGAAGCUCGGAGAUGGGGUGACGAGUAAGGAUAUUAUUUUGCACAUCAUCGGCGUCAUCGGCACGGCGGGCGGAAACGGCUCCGUGAUUGAAUUCGCGGGCGAAGCCAUUCGCUCGCUCUCCAUGGAGGCGCGAAUGAGUAUUUGUAACAUGGCCAUUGAAGGUGGGGCGCGCGCGGGUAUGAUUGCCCCGGAUGAGAUCACGUUCGAGUACCUCAAGGGUCGUCCGAUGUCGCCUCGAGGGGAGACGUGGAAUCGCGCGGUCGAGUACUGGAAGUCUCUCGCCUCCGACGCGGAUUCCAAGUACGAUCGCGAGAUCGUUAUUCCGGCGUCCGAUAUCGAACCCACGGUGACUUGGGGGACGUCCCCGCAAGAUGUCGUUGGGAUUUCGGGCAUCGUUCCCGAUCCGAAGGACUUCGACGAGGCGCGCGGCAAGUCGAUGCAACGCGCGCUCGAUUACAUGGGUCUGACCCCGGGCACUAAGAUGCAAGAUGUCGUCGUCGACAAGGUGUUCGUCGGCUCGUGCACGAACGGUCGCAUCGAAGACGUGCGCGCGGUCGCCGCGGUGGCCAAAGGUAGAAAGGUUGCCGACAACGUGUACGCCAUGGUCGUCCCGGGUUCGGGCAUCGUCAAGGAGCAAGCCGAAGCCGAAGGCUUGGACGUCAUCCUCAAGGAAGCUGGCUUCGACUGGCGCGAGCCCGGUUGCUCGAUGUGUUUGGCAAUGAACCCGGAUAAGUUGCUUCCGGGCGAACGCUGCGCGUCAACCUCCAACCGUAACUUUGAAGGUCGUCAAGGCAACGGCGGUCGCACGCACUUGAUGUCGCCGGCGAUGGCUGCCGCCGCGGCCAUCACGGGUAAGCUUUGCGACGUCCGCACCCUCGGCUCUGGCGCUGUCUUGACCGGCGAAGAUGCUCCGGGUAAGCUCGAAAGCAAGGACUUCUUAUCGGACGCCUUGGUCACUUCCCCGCCGCCGCAAAAGAAGGACAACGGUCCGGCGGGCGCGGGCGGCAUGGCCAAGUUUACCACCUUGAAGGGUGUAGCCGCGGCCAUGGAACUUCAGAACAUCGACACCGAUAUGAUCAUCCCCAAGCAAUUCUUGAAGACGAUCAAGCGCACCGGCCUCGGAGUCUCUGCGUUUUACGAAAUGCGUUACGACGAGCAAGGCGUCGAACGCCCGGAUUUCGUGUUGAACAACGAGCCGUACCGCAACGCCUCCAUUUUGGUCGCCGGUAACAAUUUUGGUUGCGGGUCUUCUCGUGAGCACGCGCCGUGGGCGAUUAAUGACUUCGGCAUUCGAUGCAUCAUCUCCACCGCCUUUGCCGACAUCUUCUUCAACAACUGCUUCAAGAACGCCAUGUUGCCAAUCGUUCUCGACGAAGCCACCGUGAACACGCUCAUGGCGGACGCCAACGCCAAGCAAGAGCUCGAAAUCGACUUGCCGAACCAAGUCGUCAUUCGAUCAAACGGCGAGAAGAUUCCAUUCGAAGUCGACGAGUUCCGCAAGCACUGCUUGAUCAACGGCUUGGACGACAUCGGCUUGACGAUGCAGCAAGACGCCGACAUCGCCGCGUUCGAGGCCAAGCGCACCGAAAACUUCCCGUGGCUCAACGGCGCCGGCUACGUCCAAGGCAGCGCCACCCCGGCGCGUUAAUACCACGCACGUCGAAACUUUAGCACAAC